AGUUCUUUGCUUCACAGCAAGAACAACGCUGAAGGAGCAGACAGUUGAGAUCUACAGUAUUCUUAUUUCUUCAGGGAAGAGUUGACCUUCUCUAACUUACUGUACAGAAAAACUGAUUGUUCUUCUGUCCUUACAGAGGGGCCGUGGGAUGUGUCUCGGGUUGGUUCAGUGUGGAUAUAAAACCUCCCAGCCUUGAAAAGAACAUCCUCUUCCCGGGUCUGUAGAUAUUGAAACACUAAUUACGUUUAUAGUAGAGCUUUCUUCUACGAUGUCCGAAGAAGUGACCUACGCGACACUCACAUUUCAGGAUUCUGUGGCAGCAGGAAAUCGGGAUACAAAUAACCUAAGGAAAAGAGGGCAUCCAGCUUCAUCCUCCAUAUGGCGUCAGGCUGCCCUGGGUCUGCUCACAUUCUGUCUGAUGCUGCUGAUUGGGCUGGUGACCUUGGGGAUUAUGUUUUUGCAGACAUCUAAUGAAAUUAACUCAGAUUCGGAGAAACUGAGUCAGCUCCAGAAAAUCAUCCACCAACAGCAGGAUAACUUAUCCCAACAGCUGAGCUAUUACAGGAACUUUCCCACAGAGGAGGAACUCAAAUCACAGAUUUCCAAUUUACUGAAGAGACAGAGACAAAUGGCCGUCAAACUCUGCCAAGAGCUAAUCAUUCACACUUCAGACCAUAAAUGUAAGCCUUGUCCUAAGACGUGGCAUUGGCACCGAAACAGCUGCUAUUAUUUUGCAACAAAUGAGGAGAAAACCUGGCCUAACAGUAGAAAAAGCUGCAUGGACAAGAACUCCACGUUGGUGAAGAUAGAUAGCUUGGAGGAAAAGGUUUUUCUGAAGUCACAGCCAUUACCUAAGUUUUCUUUCUUCUGGUUGGGAUUAUCAUGGGAUCCAUCUGGCCAAAGGUGGCUGUGGGAAGAUGGCACGCUCCUCUCUCCAUCCUUACUUAGUACUAAUGAGUAUGCUCAGAUGAACAGAUCCAGAGGAUGUGCCUAUUUUCAAAAAGGAAGUAUUUACGUUUCCCGCUGCAGUGCUGAAACUUCUUGGAUUUGUGAGAAGACAGCUGCAUCCGUGACGAUUGAAGAUCUAGAUUAAUAUGCUUCCUCCCGAUUCACCAAGAAGUAAGGGACUUGUGGUUAAGUUGAUGUAAGAAAAGACAAAACUCCUAGAGCUAAAAACAAAUUAAAAAGUGACUAUGUAUGUGAACUACCCAGCAAAUAAACGUGCUUCAUGGAACAGU